ACGGAGAGCAGAUAAGCUGAGUUUUCCCUGCAAAGAGGGACAAGAGUCACAAUCCUGAGCAGACAACCAUUUUAACUUUCACUCUGCUGGGCUCUCAAACAAUCCAGCUGUACAUUUCGUCUCUCCCCCUCUGCUGCAUACUUUCAGCACUUUGAAGCUAGACUUUAAAGGGGAAGCAACUACCAGCGCAAAGAAGUGAAAACACAAGAGGACAGCUGAAGAACACACUUCAACACACAGCCAUGAAGGACAAAGUGAGGAAGGGAGGAGGAAGAAAUCAGGCCAAGGCUGACGCAGUGAGUCAGACUGGUGGAAAAGAGGCCUUGGGUAUUAAGCAGGAUGAGGACACGUCGUUUUCUGUGAAGAUCCAAGGAGCAGGAGUGGAGUCUUUUGAGCUGCAGGUUCAUGGAUUCUGGCUUGUUCAAGACGCAGUGAUGACUCUGCUUUCGAGGGAUGAGGUGUGUCCACGCACCAACCUGUCCCUGGCACUUACUGGCACGACCCUGGACCCCCUCACAGAACUACAGAGCAUCAAGGGGCUCAAACCAGGAGCCGUCAUGCGCCUUGUGGAAGAGUCAUACACCUCCCGCUCGUCCGACCUCCAUCUGGCUCGUGUGCUGGAGCUGCUGAGAGCGCCAGGACCUCAGGAUGCACUGAGAGAAGGACGUUCACCAAGUGUGCUGGAGACACUCACACAAUCACCAGACUCUAGCUUACCAAAUGGAAAGAGCCUCAAACGAUCUCUGAGCAACACAAAAACAGAAACACCCAUUCAGGACGGAGCUCCUCCUGAGUACCUCCUCCCGGGUUCCUCAGAGAGACCUCUGAUGGCCCUGCUGCCACACAGCUCCCAACCAGAGGCUCCCAGCUACAUCAGAGACAUGUCUCUGAGCUGCUGGAACCCGCCUCCUGGACACAGGAAGCUGCAGGGAGACUUCCUGUACAUCAGUGUGGUAACCUUAGAAGGUCGGCGGUGUGACAUCACAUCCUGCCCAAAAGGUUUUUUUCUCAACAGGUCAACGGAAGAAGUGUUUGAUCCUCGUCCUGCACAGACGGCCCCACUUUGUCACUGUUUCACUGAUCUGCUCUGUCAAAUAAGCCCCGCCUUCAAACAAACUUUUACCGCACGCAAAAACAGGCUCCAGUUACCUCCAGCAGAAGUGUUGCCUACUCCCUACCACACUCUGAGCUGGCUCGGGCCUCCCUGCGCCUCCCGCACUCACAAAAACACCUUCAGCAGACUGGGACUGGAUGAUCAGUCGGCUACACAGGGUCCGGACUGGAAUGAGGAGUUGCAAGCAGCCAGAGAUCUUCCACUGCUAAGUCUGGAGGAGCGCCUGCAGAGAGACAGAGCUCUGCUCCAGGUAAACAGUGCAUUUAUCAGGGCUGCGUCACAGGCGGCUGGGACUGUUGUAGACGGUAAUGUGGAACCUGUGAAUGGAAACCCUGAGGACCCGGCUUUCCUGUGGGGGGGCCUGUUCAUGAACCAGGGGACCGCAAAUGCAAUGUAUGGUGGAGAGAGGGGUCGCAGGGCUGCUCAGAGACUGGAGCUAAGAGGAGUCCAGGCCUACACUAACAUAGAGGGUCUGGAGGGUCUACACACUCUGCCUACAGCGGUUGUAGACUACAGAGGCGUGCGUCUUACUGCUCAGGGUCUGGCUCCUGGUUUGCAGAGUGCUGAGCCAGAGAAGGAAACUACUCCAGCCUCAAGAGGCUUGCUAUACGGGGUAAAUGCGGGACCCCAGGAGUCCCCCCAGCGCAGACGACUUUUAGAGCACCUGGCUCAAGCUGCAAAAUCUCUUUCCAUCCAGAAACACACGGUUGUGUCCCCAAACAACUACCUGGUACCGCUGUUCACCUCAGUGGAUGCCCAAGGACUGCUGGGGGCUGAUGGGAGGUUCUACAUACUGGAUGUGUUCAGGACCUUUCCACCUGAUGUCAACUUCUGUCCUGAGGUGGAGACAGACAGUCAGACAGCAACAGGGGAAGAGGGGAGUAAAGAAAGCUGUGAAGAGAAGGAGGAGAAGAGGAGUUGUGUAAAAGAGGGUUUUCCUGAGAGUUAUCAGUCAGACUUGGGGCUUCCAAAGAGCUUUCCUCACUCACUCUGCAGACUGAGGCCAGAACUGGUGCAGCUUUUUAUCCAGCACAAAUAUUGCCAGUUCACACAGCGGGUGAGAGAGAUCUUGGAGGAGAAUGGAGGGUUUGAAGAAUGUGCAACAGCUGGUGACUCUCGAUCCACUGAUGCAGUACGAGCUGCUUGUAAAGAAGUGGGCUCUGUUAGCAACAUCAUCUUUGAGAUGCGCCUUAACCCAGACAUCUUCUCUCCAGGGCUUUCCUUCCCUCCUGCUGAAAGCAUGUCAACAAAGCUGCAGGAGAGGUUGCUGAGAGAAGCUGCAGUUUUGAUCAUCACACAUCAGAUACCUGCAUUUGUUGAGCACUGCCUACAAAGCAACGAGGCACCAAUGGAUGGCACUUCUCUAAAACAGAUCCUCCAUCAGAGAGGCAUCAAUCUGCGCUAUCUGGGUCAUGUGGUAAAGGCCAUCAACCAGUCAGAACACAAGGAGCGCCUGAGGCAUAUACUGAGGUUGGUCAUUGGUGAAAUUUUCAUCCGCUCAGCAAGACGAGUGUUCAACAAUUUCCUUCAGGGUGUGGAUGUGCCAAGUGUCUCUGCAGCUGUCAGUCACUUCCUCUGCUGCCUAUUGGUUCCCCACUUCACUCCCACUGCUGUGGGGGAAGAGACCAAAAAGAAGUCGAGGCGGCGUGGCCGAGGGGCCGGGGCCUCUGAAAGUAUGCCCUGGAGCACACUCACUGGAGCUGAGCUGUGGAUGGUCUGCCAGGACACUGAUGAAACGUACAGCUUAUGUGACAGCCUCGGCUCUGGUCCAAACCACCUGGUGGAGCACUACGGCCUUCAGAAGAUCUCUUUGCUCAGAGAAGUCUGUUUGAAAACUGGAUUACAGUUGAGACUGAGAGACUACGUCUUCGACAACCAAAAUAAAGCUCCCAUUGGUCCAGAUGAUGUCCUCAACAUCUUCCCUGUCAUCAAACACGUUCACAUGCCAACUGCUGAUGCUUCAACAGCAUAUCGUGCUGCACUGACCUUCCUGGAGAAAGGUCUGCUGGAUCAGGCGCAUGAGCAUCUGCAAAACGCAGCAUACCUGUUUGGAAGAGUGUGUGAUAACCUACACCCUGAGGCCUGUUUCUGCCACAGCAUGCUGGCAAAAGUGGCCUAUCUGCGUGGGAAGCCAGCAGAGGCUCGCAGUGUUCAGCUGACAGCGGUGGUCAUCAGUGAGAGAGUGCUUGGUUUUGACCAUCCGAACACCAUCCUGCAAUAUGCACUCUUGGGUGUGUAUAUGUUUGCUGGAGGGGAGACCACCCUGGCCCAGAAGUGUCUCCUCAGAGCCCGCCUGCUGACGCUCACAGUCCACGGAGAGGACCAUCCAUACAUCGCAACACUGGAUUGCUGUCUUGGUUUGGUGCUGACCGGAGAUCAGUGUGAAAGGUACCUAAGGAACGCCCUCAGACUCAACACUUCCUUCUUUGGCCCGACAAACCAGCACACUGCGCUCAGUCAGCACCUCCUGGCCCAGAGGAUGUGCAGUAAGGGAGACUACAGAAGUGCCAUGGUGCAUGAGAAAGAGGCCCUCACUGCUUUCACCUCAUUGCUUGGAGAGGAUCACUCUCAGACGAGCGGCAGCAAAGAGUUUCUGUGCACCAUAACCAAGCAGGCAGUGAAGGUGGAGCGCUCUCUCAGACAAGCGGGAGCCCAAUGCACAGAGCAAACAGUGGAGUGUGUGACUCCCUCAUCGGACACGAUGCUGGAACAGAUGGUUCUGGUGAUGGGGAUCAGGAAGCUCACACAAAGUGACAGGCUCACAGAGUACAGGAAGAAACAUCAGGAGUUAAAGGCAGCAGUAGCCAAAGAGCUGGGGUUGAACCUAGGAUCUAAGCAGUUAUUCACCUUGGAGACGAUGAACUGGGCAGAGAAAAGCUCAGACCAAGAAACGGGAAGCGGGGAGGAAGCUGAGAAAGGAAGCCCGUGUGGGGAGAAUGCCAGCGAGAGCCAAGAGGAGGAAACUUCAGCAGAGAGUGCUGACGUAGUUUCAGCUAAUGGUCAUGAGGUGGAGCCAGCUGAACAAAACCAGCAGGCAGAUGUAGACGGAGGAGACAGUCAUGGAGCUUCUUCAGGUGCUGAUGUCAUGGAGGUGAACGGGGAGUCAAAGUCAGAAGCUACAGGAGAGGAAAUUGAUGGAGGAAGCUGCAGCACAGUCAAUGGGGAGAUAAAAUCUGAAGCGACAGGUAGUGAGAUGAAGCCAGAGCAGGUAAAUGGUGAAGUAAACGGAGCUCUUCACAUCCCCAUCAGCCCAUCAACCCUCAAGAGCAAAGGAACCUGGGCUGAUAUUGUUUCUAAAGCUCCUGUAUCCAAUGGAAAAGCAGACGAAGACAAAGCAGUCAAUGGAGUCACAGAUGGUGUCAGUGCUAACGGAGCAGCAGAGGAGUGAAAACAGGCAGGAGAAAAGUGUUGUAGUUGAGUUUUUAAAAGCCACUGCUGUAGGAUUAGACUCUCCCAGGUUCUGAGAUGUAAUUUGGUGAUAUGGUCAUGAAGAAAAGCUAAAUUUGACAGAGUCUUAUGAUGAGUAUUCAUUUGUGUUGGAAAUGUUAUUGCUGAUUCUGGGAGAGGGCUGUACUGUUGAGUUUUUUUUUUUCUACAAUAAACAAUUUACUAUGGUUUGCAA